AUGCUGGGCUUCUUCCGCAACGUGUGCGAGGUCGACGGCAACUGCAUCGCCCGCCCCGCCCGCUCUUCCCGCUUGGUCCGCACCUCCGCGUCCUGCCCGCCCCUCAACACCCAGCGCGGCUGGCACGCGAUCGACGCGCGCGGCGGCCGCGUCCUCCUCCACCGCGACGACGCGGUUCCUAUGGGGAUCCGCCUCGCCGUCUGGGAUCCGUUCUCUGCCGCCGCCGCCGGCCACCUGGAGCUGCCCGUCCCCAUCCUGCCUCGGCGCCCGCGCAGCUGGAAUGCCGCGCUGCUCUGCUGCGACCAUCACGGCCUCCAGGACCACGCCGACGUGCCCUUCCGCGUCGUCCUGGUGGGCACGGACCCCGAGGGGACCUUCGCUUGCGUCUACUCCUCGUUCGGGCUUGCGGCGUGGAGCGAGGUGGCCUGCGCAGCGCAACACCCGGACCCUGGUGAUGAUGGUGGCCGUAUCGCCAGGGUGCGCGGUGCCCUCGUCGGGAACACGCUCUACUUCUUGCUCCAGGACAGGACCAGCAUCCUCAAGUACGACCUGGCCACGGGAGACAUAUCUGUGAUUCGGCUGCCUCCGGCGUCCUAUUCGUAUAUUCGAUGGAUGCCCAUGGUGCUCACGACCACGGAGGACGGAGGUCUGGGAUUCGCAGGAGUGGCGGGCGACAGACUCCACCUCUGGUCAGUGGUGCUUAGGCCCAACGGCGGUGCCCUGGCAAUGGGAUUUGCACAAGGCAGAACAAUUGACCUCAGCAGGCUGCCCCCCUCCAUUGUUAUGCUUGGAUUUGCGGAUGACGCUGGCAUAAUUUUGCUGGCAACGAUUGAUGGCUUAAUCUCCGUUGAUCAAAAGUCUGGCAGGAUCUACAAGCUUGUAGACGGCGGUGACUUCUACCGUGAUAACUGUAUUGUUCCCUAUGUGCGCUUCUACACUCCAGCACUGGUAACAGCAUCUACAGAUGAGGGGCCAAGUGCGGAUGCAUAA